AAUCAGUGGCUCAUUGAAAUCUCAACCUCACCUCCAGGAUUAGGCAGAUGUUGGGGAUGCCACCUGGCGGAGGAUCGAGACUUCACUCCAGAAGCUGCAGGGAGGAUUUUUCUGCACAAUGAUUCGUUUCUUUGUGCUGUUACUGAACAUUACCACACCUACAUAAAAACUGAAAUUUGAUGGAGGAUUUCCGUGAUUCAGAUUCAAAAGCAGUGCGUGAAACGUCGACUUCCAAUCCCAAUCUUUGCAUUAUUUGGAUUUAUAAAAGUAGUUCGGUUUCUGAUCCUUAAAGUUGGUGAAAGGGCUGAUGAGUGAGAGCCCGAGCUGCGUCUUUGAAGUGCACACAGCAGCUGGCUUUGUUAGUGGGCUCCUCCCGUUCAAGUUCAGCUGCGUGCCGUUUUUGCGCGCGUCACCAGCCAGCCAGCGCGCAGCUAAGUAAGGAGCUUCCCGACGCAAGGGGAGGAUGGACGGACGUGUGGAUCGCGAUCGAGGGAGGCUCUGACUGUGGCUCAGCACACCCAUCAAUGACGCCUGAACACUUUCAGCAGGAUAUGCUUGUUUUUGCCUGACCGAGCCUCUCCGGAUUUAGACGCCGAGAUUCGCCUCGUAUCUGUCUCCCCGCUGAAAAACCUUCCUGGGGGUUCGUGGACGGUGAACUCAGCUCAGCUUGUUUUUGCUGUAACUGAAUCAACUGAAGUUCGAGGUUUGGGGUCCGGGAAAUGUUGGCAUGGCCACCUCAGGAGCACAUAAGUGUCCGAAGAGCGAGAAGUUGGACGAGGCGCAGGCUUUGGCCAAGAGCUGCGCAGGCAGACCAGACUUCCUGCCUUGUGAUGGACUCUCCAUCUGCGCGACGCACAGCCACGGGAAGUGCUUCAAGCUGCACUGGUGCUGCCACUUAGGCUGGUGUCACUGCAAAUACGUCUAUCAACCCAUGACCAAUGUGUGCCAGCUGCCCAGCACUGCUGUGCCGCCUGUUGGAUCAGAGUAUGGCGGCACCAUCGACCUGUCCGCCUCUUUGGCUGAGCGCUUUCUGAAGUUGGCCCCCAGCUUCAAGUCUCCGCCUCACCUGGAAUCGCCAAAGUAUUGCAUCAUCGCAGACCUUUUUGUGGAUGACUACGUUGUCAAACGGAUCAAUGGAAAGAUGUGCUAUGUGCAGCGCCCCCCGCCUCCCUUACCAGAGCCGCCUCACCCUCCUACACCUCCCCCUGCUGCUAUAGCUUCACCUCCAAUUCCCCAGAAAACCAAUCAGCCUCAGCAACCUGUCAAGCUUACAGCCCAGCACAUGCCUGCACCUGAGCAGGCAAUUCAACAGGUGUGCAGAGAACACAAACACCCCUCCCCUGUCGACAAGAUAAAGGGCCCCAAAAUGGACCACUGCUCUUCACCAUCCAGCUCCGAGGACUCUGGCAUCAACGCGUUGGGUCUGCACUACCUGGAGUCCUGUGAGGACGAAACCGAUGAGGACGACGAUUUGAGCUCAGAUGGAAACUCAAGCCCCAGCAGUCUGUGGGACCAAGACGACUGUUCCCUCCUGUCUCCCUCCAAGUCUAUGAUAGAGAUCAUCGAGAAGAUCGAAACAACUGUGUAACUCCAGUGGUCCUGACAUGGACACCCUCUGUGAAGAAGAUCAGCAAAGAAAAAUCUUACUCUUGGUUUUGAACCCCCCCCCCCCCCCCCCCCCCCCCCCCUCCAGUAGCUUUUUAACAGCUUUGCAAAGUUGUUUUGCAUCAAAUUUGCUUUCCUGCAGGGGACCGAGGACUUUACACCCACAACCUUACACAGCCUCUCCUCUGCUCUGCUCCCCUGCAUGGAAAUCAUUUCUGGAACUUUUCAGCUCAAAUGAGGAAGCACAGAACCAUGAAGUACAUGCACAUUGGACCAAAAAAAAAACACACUCCUAAAUGUGGUUUUAUGAUGAAAAUGGUAAAAAAACAAAACAAAAAACCAGUCCUAAUGAAUUUAGACUAGGUGCACGGCAGAUGGUAGUAAAUGAGAAUCUUUUUUGUAAUUAUAUUCUUUUUACUGGAGCCAAGCUGUUUACAAGUAGAGAUGGUUGUUUUCAUUAGGAUAAAAGAAGAAUUAGGUAAUUCUUGGUGUCCUUUAGUUGUCAGUCUCCCAGACGUUAGUCUACUUCAGGAUUCAAGUGCAGAUGAGCACACCAACCCUUGUUCUCCAGUUAGUGGCUCCACCCACACAUAUUAGUAAUUUUGACACUUCACGUAAUGACUACAUGGCCAGCUACCUCUCAUGGGCCUGAAGCACAUCGGCCCUUUAAUCCACUCCCCCCCUAGUGAAUGGGCUCAGAGCUGCAGCGGCUUUUUUCACUUUGACACAAAGGAUUCUCGGACGGUGGUUUGUCUGCACUUUACUGACACCAUCACAGACGGCAGGUUGGUCACUAAUCGACAAUCAAUGCCUACAAGGAAGCACAUUCCUGCACUGGACCUUCCAGCCAGGACCAUGACUACUUCCAAAUCCAUUUAUCAGGCAUUAGCAUGUUCUUCUGGUCAAUUUUUGUAGUCAGGUCCAACUGGGCUGCAGUUCUGUUUAGGGCUAAAUGAGGCAUCAAGCCAAGCACGACUUGCACUGACCUCUAUUAGGAGCUGAGAUGAUGGAAACUAUGUGGGAGUGUGAGCGGCGCAGCACGGUGACAAAAGCAGGAGAUGAGUUGUCACAGUAGAGAUUAGUGAUGUACACAUUGUAGAAGAAGUAUACCAGAUUUAUUGAUAUAAUGCUAUAUUAUAACACACUUAAAUUCUUAUUUACUUCUGUGGCUCUUGAGUGUGACAUGUCCAUUUGAGCCAAUAUAAAGGCUGGAAAUGUCACACUCAUUUUGUGCUAUUGGGGAGAGAAGUAAAUCACUUUUUGCACCUUUUUAAGGGAGAUUAUAGUAUGAAUUGGGAUGCUAAAACAUGUGUUGUGAUAUUGUGACUGACAUAAAUUACCAAAACAGAAAGAUGACCCCUUAUUAAUCAGUAAAAUUUAGAUGGAAUGGGUAAUUUCUUUUUUGUUGCGAUUUAUUUUCCUGAGAUUUUAGCAGCAAAUAUGACCAAAAUUCCACUAAUUUCAUGUAGUCUUGAUGCACUAACUGUCUAAAUAAGUCAUUUUGCAUGACUGUAUUUAUAGCCUCAAAUUUAUAAUUCCAUGUACCCCAUUUUGUGAACAAGUGUUCAAAAAGCACACAAUUCCUGACAAAUCAGUUAUUCAAUUUUUUUUAAACAAAAAAAACAAAACAAAAUGUUGCACUCAAAAGCCCCUCUUAAAAUGUGUCAUGUUCUUAAUAUUGUCAUAUUAUUUUCAUAUGAAUAAAUCUGAGCAAAACUGUUGUUUUCAUUUUAUUUUUUCAACUAGCUCAGGCUUUUUUAAAAUUUAUUUUACAAGUCAUGAGCCUCUUUCACUCAACACACGGAUGACUAAUACUUUCCAGAGGCAAACUAAUUUAGGUGAUCCAGUUAAAGUGAGUCACUGAUUUAGAUUUGAAAAUCUAGUAAAAAUGUUUUGCACCUCACAGUUGCUUCUGUACAAAUCUGGGCUGCCCUUGCGCUGCACUUGCACAGACAUCAUAGUUUAAAGAGGAAGCUAAUUCAGACUUGACAGCUAAAGUGUGACCUGGGCAAGAGUUUUAUUCAAGAAGAAAUCCAUCUCCAGCCAGCAAAACUAGUGAAUUUCUGCACACUUCCAUGACUGCUUUUUCCACAUUUUGUCAAGAAGCUGCAGAUGCCUUUUUCACCUUGACGGCAAACUGAGAUUGAUUUACCCAUUCCUUUUCCACUUGCAUUGCAUGUAUUGAUUCUUCUGCUUGUACAGAGAGAAUUCUGAAACAUGGAUGAAAUGUUAAACCGGUUUGUAUAAAUGUACAUUUUACUAUCCUGUUCUGCAAAGAAGAAGAAAAGUAGGGUUCUCCAAAUGCUGAAAGAGAAGUGAAAGAGGAGGAAACAGUGUAAGGGUGCAGAGAGAGGAAAGGAAGUUAAAUUACAAUGAUGAUGAUGAUGUAACAACGUGUAAUGUCUCGCCAGGCACUAGGUGGUAAAGAUUUGCAAAUUUUAUUUAUUUUUUUGCUUCCAAAACUUCAGGUACACUUCAUGAAGCUUCUGCCCACACUGCUUAUCCCUCCCAGCAAAGUCACUCAGUUGGCAGACACCUUGAGCUACACAAACACACAUACAGACACACAAAUGCAAAAAAAAGCCCUUGUUCAAGGACUGCUUUGCAGGCAGGACUGGCACAGCUUGAGUUGCACAAGAUACAGAAAGAUGUCACUUUCACUUUGCUUCAAUUUGACGUGUGUUAUAAAAAAGGCGGGCUUCCUCGGAAAGUCACCUCUAAAUUUUUUACAGCUGGCUUUACUCUGCAGGGAACAAGGCAAAGCAGACCUCAAAUCCUGAGUGGAGGCUUUAAAAAAAUAAAUAAAAAUGUGGAGCAAAAUCGCCCACAGAAUUAGAGUCAGAUGAAACAUUGAUAGCUUUAAGAUCACUUAUUUUCCUCAAAGGAUCAUUCUAUCUCGCUAUCUGUAACUGUAAACUUUACAUGUCCAGAUACCUGAAAAAUGUCAAGAAUGGACUCUAACAACAUUUAAAGAAAAUUUAACAAAU